AUGGAGUGUGAGAAAUUUUGUGAAGAGGCGAAGGUCGAUGAUAAAACGGUGACGCGUGAGUUAGAGGCGGCGGAAUCACUGGCGGCCAUGGCUCGGUACUCCUCUGCGUCGGACCUUCCCGAAGAGCGACUCCAGGCCGAGUCAGUAUGUACCCACUUCUUCAGACUUCAUCGAGGAUCAAAGUUUUCUGGAAAUUUGUCUACUUCGGCAGCUAAACCUGUAAACCCUGAGAAAAAUUUCGAAACUACUAUUCAUCAAAUGUGCAGUACAAGUUAUCCUUUGAAUUCUGCCAUCAAGUCGAGGCAGGAAUUGUCAAAGGCUGAAAAGGAAGCACAAAGGCGUCGUCGUGUCUUAGCAAAUAGAGAAUCUGCUAGGCGGACAAUUCACCGCAGACAGGCAUUGUACUCAGAGCUAACUCAGAAAGCAGCUGAACUUUCAGCAGAAAAUCAGCAUUUGAAGAGGGAAAAGGAGCUGGUCAUAAAGGUGUACAAUUCCUUGAAAACCAGAAAUGAAUGUCUCAAAAUGGCUAAGAAAAAAGAGGUUGAAACCAAAGAAAUUCAAGAAGAGUCGUCUGCCCAGGCUGAGAAAUCUACUUCUGCCUCAAGAACCCCUCCAGUUUUCGUCUGCAACCAACCUUUUGGAUUACCCGUCUUUUGGCCUCCCGUUGGUCCAUCUUCAGAUGUUUUCCGAGUACAAUGUGCAUCGUAUGAUGAUGCUGCCAUGUCAUCACAACUUCCUCUACAACUGAGGGAUAUGCUGUGUUCACAUCCAGCAAAAGAUAACUCCACGAGUCUUAAUAAGCUAGGAGCUCCUGUAUUUGUAUUCCCUGUACCUUGGCCUUUUCCUUUUCUCGCUCAUAGUAGUACACUUAACUCCCAGCCAGCCCUUAACGACAGACAAAAUGAGAAUUCACCCAGUUGUCGAUGCUGCACAUGUUCCUCUUCAGAUACUCCGGUGCAUGCAGACAACCACCAGUUGUUGCCAAACACAAAAAAGAUGCCAGAAGCUUCUCAUUCUAUGCAAACCGUAUCUCUAGGAAAUAUCCCUGGAACUAGGUUUAGUUUUUCACCAGGUGAUGGUGGUCAGCAAUUGGAGCCUCAAACUAAAGGGGCUAUCAAUGUUUCUGCACCGCCAAGUUGCACCGGACAGGCAGCAAGUUUUGGACGUUGUAGAAAUGCCCAGGUAGAUGAUUCUUCCGGUGUCAAAGCUCUUUCUUCUGACCCUGAGCAUAUGGCACAGGCUUUGCUGGACAAUGAAAAAGUGAUUAUCUGGUCUAGUGGGAAGUCAAAGGACAACAGUGCAUCAACUGAGGCCAGGAGGAAGAGGAAGGAAUUGCAGAAACUGAAGAAUCUCCAUUGCCGUUAUAAUGGUACAAGCAGUAAAGCUUCUGGCAAGUGCUAG